AUGUGGGGAAAAAACUGGAAAUCCCAUGAGAAAUUACCUUGCCUGGAUUCUAACUGUUUGCAGCAUCAGAAUCGAGUGGCAGACGAGAAAAAUGAUGAAAAAUUUGAUGCCCAGUUGAUGAGUUUGGACGUCUGCACAGAGGAAACUAAUGUUAAAUGCCAUGGAAACACAAAAGACUUGGAGAGUUUGGUUAAUGAAAAGGAUGGUGAAGGUCACAAAGAAACUAACAGUUCUUUUCUUCAUGCAGUCAUCAACAUGAGCGGAAUGCUUAUUGGUCUAGGACAACUCUCAACUCCAUAUGCUUUGGAAAAUGGAGGAUGGGCUUCUGCAUUCCUGCUUGUAGGAAUUGGAGUGGCAUGUGCUUAUAGUUCCCAUUUGCUUGGGAAAUGUUUGCACAAAAACCCCAACUCAAAAGACUAUAAAGAUAUUGGGCAGCAUGCAUUUGGAUCAAAGGGAAGAAUUGUAGCUACUACUUUCAUCUAUAUGGAGAUUUUCAUGGCCCUUGUUUCUUAUACAAUCUCGCUUCAUGACAACCUAGCCACAGUGUUUCUAGGCAUCAGAAUAAAUUUAGGAUGGAAUAACUUACGAACAUCUCAGAUUCUGACAGCAAUUGCAAUAUUGGUGGCACUUCCAAGCUUGUGGCUUAGGGACCUUUCUUCUAUAUCUUUCCUAUCCACUGGUGGGAUUCUCAUGUCACUUCUCAUUUUUGUAAUGGUGGCCUGCACCGCAGUUUUUGGAGGUGUGAAGGCCAAUCACAGCAUUCCAGCCCUCCAACUCAGCAAUAUUCCUGCCAUUUCUGGUCUUUACAUCUUCAGUUUUGCUGGUCAUAUUGUUUUCCCCAACAUUUAUUCAGCCAUGAAAGACCCCUCCAAGUUCACCAAGGUAUCAAUUGUGAGCUUCUCACUGGUUACAUUGCUUUACACGGCCUUGGCGUUCAUGGGAGCCAAAUUGUUUGGCCCCCAAGUUGAUUCUCAGAUCACCCUCAGUAUGCCUCGGAAUCUUAUUGUGACAAAGAUUGCUCUAUGGGCAACAGUGCUUACUCCCAUGACCAAGUAUGCACUAGAAUUUGCACCAUUUGCCAGUCAACUAGAACAAACACUUCCGCAUUCAUUGAAAUCCAGAACAAAGAUGAUCAUAAGGGGCACAGUUGGCUCGAUUCUACUUGUAUUAAUACUCAUCCUUGCUCUUUCUGUGCCAUACUUUGAGUAUGUUCUCAGUCUUACCGGCUGCCUAGUCAGUAUAGGAAUUUGCAUUAUUUUUCCUUGCGCUUUCUACACCAAGAUAUUCUGGAGCCAGAUAACAAGGCCUCUCUUGAUUCUGAAUAUGAUUCUGAUAAUGAGCGGCGUGCUUCUGGGAGCAACCGGAACCAUAUCUUCUUCAAAAUUGCUUGCGAAAAAAUUACAGAGAGCUCACACAUCCUGA